AUGUUAGGCAUUCCAAAAACACCAAAGCGGGUCGUUCGUUCACAUUCUCGCGAUCUCUAUCAGCCGAGAUUCAGAAUCGAACAGCCAACGAGCCCACUGUCGAAAUCCCAUCUUCUAGGUUUCACCCUUCCUCUCAAGCAGCACAUUCUCCAGCAAAAGUCAAAGGAUCUUCCAAUCCCAAACCCAUUCCCAAUUAACACUUCGACUCCGAAACAUAAGCCACCUGAUCCAGCAAUAUCUACUCAUCACUCACCUCUGUUUUCGAUCAAAGAACCGGCCAAAAUCUAUAAGAGACGUUCUGAACUUCAGUAUCAGAAUGUGAAUGCGUUGCCUAAGAUUUUGGACGUAGAUGAAGAUGAACUUCGUGAAGAAGUGGCCCUCGAGGAUUCCGAUGUCAUCGUCUUAUCUCCAGAACCCCGCCCAGUCUCUGCACCGCUGAUCAAGAAAGCUCUCUACCAGCCAAAACUUCCGCCACGUCCCCGUACAGCUGAACCAGUCGAGCAGAAGCCAGCGAAGAUUGCAGUUUCCCAAACAACGCACAGUUCCAAAAUUGACAGUGACAAAGACUCCUCAUUGCGCAAGACCGACAGCUUCAUGGCUGGCUCGCAUCAAAAGUAA